AUGGCCCCCUCUGAAAGCCCUCAGAGCGAACGCUUUUGGUUGCCUUCUGCUUUUGGAGCGGAUGACACACAUAUGAGCUCGGGGGACUACAAUCCCGGUGUCCGUUCUGAUGAAGAGCUUCCAGAAUCACCGACAUCUUUGGAUCACACGACUGUUUGUUACAGCACACCGGAAGAACCCAUUCUCCGAAUGGAGGAUGACGCUCCACUGUGCAGUGUAAUGGAGGGUGGUGAGCAGUCGCAUUCGUUUAAAAAACCAAUGUCGGUAGUGUUUCGUUUGUCCUCGGGGAAGAAGAGCCGAGGUCGGAAGGUGCCUCGAGAUUCUCUGCGUCUCCCAAUCCCCUCUGUCCCUGCAAGUGCGAUGCCAGCAACAUUUCCACAUCUUCCUCCACCGCCACAGGUUCCUGAGGAUACUCCUCUCUUCCCCGACGCUGACUCCCGACCGCCAAGGGAGAAACUCAAAAAAGCGAAAAUGAAGGAGUUGAAGCAGAAAAAGAAGUCGGAGGAGAGUAAGAGCAUUAAAAAAAUCGAGGAAGCUACCGAGGCUCUUGAGUUUCCAUUGAGGAAUCCGGCCAAGAAAAAGAAGCGUAGAAAAAAGAUCAGUGGUGUGGAGGUCGCGACUACAGAGCCGAAUGUUGAUAAAGCUGUGAUUGGUGUGCCCCUUGAAACUGCGCUGGAACGAAAUCCAAGCCACGAUGGCGUCCCUCUGCCAGCCUUCGUUCGUUAUUUGAUUGACUUUAUUGAAGAAUAUGGGCUUGCAGUGGAAGGCAUCUACAGAGUCCCAGGCGUCAAUUCCCAGGUAAAGCAAUUUAUCAACGCCUUGAACAACGGUGUGGAGUUUCCGGAUAUUCCACCCACUUCUCCUGCCUAUUUGCACUACGAUGAAACUCCAAAGUCUGUGCGAGCCACGAUGUUGGAAGUUAUGGAUGGCAGCACUACCUUUCCUGAAGUGGCUUUUACACCACCGCCGCCACCACACGAUCCGGCAGUGGUGACCAGCGUGCUGAAGCACUUCUUGCGAAGCCUGCCUGAACCCCUGCUCACAACGGAGCUGAGCUCCUCCAUCGAGGUGAUCUGCGAUCAAACGGCAGACACUAGCAACGGAGGUGGCCGGCGGCGCCGUCUGGCUGAGCUGGUGCAUCGGAGGCUACCGCGCGUCAACCGCUAUCUCCUUGCUUGGCUAUUGCAGCAUAUGAUCCGUGUGAUCGACCGUGCUGGCGACAACAAAAUGACCCUCUCCAAUCUCGUCAUCGUCUUCUCCCCAACCCUCCGGAUGUCUCAUCGUCUCCUGGCUCUCCUCUUACAGCCUUCUCCAGAAGAAGAAGCCAUAAUAGAGUUAACAGAGCCUGAAGCAACACGGGUGGUCGGUUUGGAGAAUACGAGCAGUCGAGCCUCUCCUCACUGGUUGUUUCCUCACCUGGCCUUUACCUACCGACCUUAUAGGGCUCCUCUGCCACCGCCCCCACCUUCCUCCGAGGUGGGUUUCAUGCCUCUUGAUCUGCCCGAUUCUUUGUCUGAGCUGGAGGAUGAGCUAUUUAAGCAGGAGUCGCUGCUGACAUUCACCCACCAGCAGAUCGCCUCAGGCAGGGCCAGUGCGGAGAAGGACGCCUUCAUUUGGGAGGUGCAACACCUAGUGACAAAGAUGAAGCGCAAGAGGGCCCUCCUAGAGUUGACCGACCCAGAGGCUAUUCGCGCUGAGCUAACACGGCACGAAGCACGUCUGGAGAGAGUUCAGCAGGAGCUGGUCAAAUGCAAGACUACCGAAGGCACCGCCACCACAUCCAUCAAUACUGGCUUUGCCAGCGUCAGUAACACCCCCGUCACCACGUCACCUGAGAAAGCCUCAAAGCCGGCAAGUUCCCGCCUUCCCGUCUCCCAAUUUGAUUUUGUCUCUCCGCUUUCAAAGCGCUUGAGUGGACGGCAGAAGCACCGCGCGUCGGCAGUUGUAGGUGGUCAGAUUGGCAGUUCUGGCAGUCUAGACGCGGAGUUUUGGGAACUCCAGCAGACGGUGACUAUGCUGAAGCGGCGUCUUAAACGGUGCCAAGAGAGGCCUCCAGUGCCGACUCAUCCUCUACGCGAACUGAUUCCCUCCGAGUCACUGGAUACUGAGGAAGUGUUUGACUUCUCUUUGAGGAAACCAGUUACUGAGGUGGUAGCAAGGAAGGUUUCUGCUGCAUCACUUGACAGUGAAGCCAGGGCAUCUCUUUUACGAGAAGGCACACUAACAAUGGAUGAAGUGCCUACUCCCAAAGUGGAGAGCUUUCCCGUCGAAUGGCCCAUCACACCGAUACCGUGCGUGGAAGCGUUGGCAACAGUGGUCAUGGCUAGCAGCGAUGAGGUCGGAAAGCCGGCGGCGGUGGAGGAGGCGAGAAUUACCCAGGAGGAGGUGAAACUGGGAACCCAACCAUCACUCCAAGAUCACCCGAAGCUAGACCCCGCCUCACAGUAUCCCCUCUCCAUCUGCAACUACUGGGCAGUACGCCAACAAGAACUCAUGGCCUGCCAACACGACCUCAAAUCACGCAUUCACUCGCAAGAGGCGGAAAUCGCCCGAAUUGAGACGUGUAUCAGUCAGAUGAUAGCCGCAGGAGAGGUGCGUGAACAGCAGGUGCGUCAGUACUUCCACGAGAACGAGCACCUUCUAAAAGUGGACCUUGGGACCUCGGGUCGCCUUCAGAUGCUCAACCCGCUGACCAGCCCCACUCCAAACGAAGGUGAGAACGAGGACAACGACGGAGAUGACGAGGACGAUGAUGAUGAUGAGAGUGAGAUGGUUGCAACUCUCCUGCAGCUCAUGAGGGACAACGAGCGUCUGGAGGCCCUUAACGCCUCGCAUAUUGAAAACAUCGUCUCAGAGAGGGAUUCUUGUGCUCAUCUUAAGGUCCAGCUACGUCUGAACUCAUAUGUCGCACCGCCUCCAUUGCCUUCACUUCAAAUGAACGCCCUUCCAUGA